AUGCUAUCUAUUUUUUCAUUCUUAAAUAUUAUCAUAAUCGCUUACUUGUUUUUAAAAAAUAAUUUAUGCAUACGAAACAGCAAAAGCCAGAGCAAAAGAAAAAGUAAAAGUGUUUUUCCUGUAUAUACUACUAUUUUAAAAGAUAGGAGAGGUAACAAAAUUAGUAAUGUAAAAAGUGCUCAUAUAAAAAUAAUUGGAUUUACACAGAACAUAAAAGGAAAGACGUUUCAAAAGGGGGAGAAGAGAUUCCUCAUAGAAGGAAAAAAGAUAUACUCCGACAGAGAAAAAAAAAAAAAAUGGAAAAAACUUUUUGCUGAAGGUAAUUUUUUCAAUCCGAAACAAUUUAAAAAUUUAUUUCCUGAUGAGCCAAAUAAGAAGGGAAAAACUAAUUAUAAUGAAAAUUGUCUUAAUCUAGAAGAGGUAGAAAAUUUAAAAGAGAUAUGUCCUUCUUUGUACGAGCAGUUGGAAGAUUAUCAUAAAUCAGAAGGACUAGAAGAGUUAAAAGAGGAAGAGAUACCGACAGAAAAGAGGGAAGUAAAGGAGUACGUAGCAAUGGAACACAAAACAAAAGAAGAAGAAGAAGAAGUAAGUGGCACGAAGAACAUUUCCGUGUAUGAAGGGUUGCCACUUCUGAUGAUUGACGGAAAGGACUUUCAAGGAUUUCCUGAUAGUAGGAAGAUAAAAAUAAAACCCGAAAUUUCUACACAAUUUAGUAAUUUAGAUUAUGACAAAUGUAUCAAAUCAAAUAGUGAGAAGAAAUAUAUGGGUGACUCUCAGAAGGGUUUAAGUGAAAAUGUAAAUAAUGGCCAAAUGGGAAAGGGAGAGAAAGGCGAAAAUGGUCAAAAUGGGGAAAACGCCAUAAAAACUGUACGAAAUACGGCAGAUGAAAAGGGUAUGUUGAAUGAGUUUGAAAGGGAAGUACAGUUAGUGUUAGGAAAAGAGGAUAGAAGUACAAGUGAUAUACCAAAGGGUACUCCCAACUGCAGUACAACCGGAAGUACGGAUUGCAGAACAGAUACACAUAGCGACGAUACCAAAGGGGAAAGCUUAACAAAGGAAGAAAGGAUUGCAAAAUAUAAAAAGUUCGGAAAACAUCAUCACAUGGAUUCUGCUUUAGGAGAUGUUCUAUAUGAUAGGGACUACCCAGGGUACAUUUAUUUAAAUCAUGGGGAAAAUUUAAAAGAGUUAGAUGAAAAGAGUGAAUUCGAUUCGGAGUUUCCAAGUUAUAUAAACCCAUCGAAUAUACAUUUAAGAACAGGUCGUAAAAGAGAGGUGCAAAAAAUAAGAGACAGUGGAAUAAAGCAAAAAAGGAGAUGGGGUUGUUCCAAAAUUGAGAAUGAUAUUAAAAGAGGAAAUUGGAGAUAUUAUGAUGAUAUGGUAAAAGAUCUUCUUGAUUCAACAGAUCAAGAAAAGUUAGAGGAAAAUUAUUAUUCAAAUAAUUAUUAUCAAAGAACUCAUAAUAAUACAGGGUUUGGAAGUUUAGACAAAGUACAAAAUAAUUAUUUUGAUGUACAAUUUAUAGGAUCAGCUGAAACAUACCCAGCAAAUAUAUCAGUAGGUAUGAAUUUUAUAUGGCCAAUUAAUUUUAUACCUUUAUUAUGUAAGCAAUAUACAAAAAGAUCAGGACAACCAAUUAAAUCGGAAAUUUUCAAUUUAGGAGGAUUUGAUUCUUUGCAAUUAUGGUUUUACCCUGAUGGUAUGAAUAAUUCCAUUGAUGGUUACUGUGCACUGAAACUAGUUAUGAAACCGGGGUCUUAUUUACCUGUGAAAAUUUUUUUUUUUGCUUUUAGUGAAUAUAAUUAUAUUCAUACGAAUUCAUUUUAUAAAGAAUCAGCUGAUUAUAUUACGUCUUCUUUAAAUUUAUGCAAAUGCUUAUUGAAAACAAAAGUAAAUUUAAAAAGAAUUGAAAAUAAUAAGGAUUAUGUUAUUUUAGGACCCGCUGGGAAUAUUUACAUUGGUGUUGGUAUUUUUGAUGAUAACUACGAUUUUGAAGAAGAUUUUAAAAAAUUCUAUUCACUUAAUAACAAAUAUAAAAACAAAAAAAAAGUGAAUCAUAAAUUUGAAUAUAAAUAUGACUGGGAUGAAGGUGUUCAUAUCUUUGAUAAUUGGUUAAAAAAGCAAACAGCCAUAACAGAUGAUAAGAAUGAGUUGUUACCAGUAUAUUACACACACUCCGAGUUAUAUGAAAAUUACAAAUAUCAGUAUAUUCCUGAGAAAAAUCCCUUAAAAUUUUUAAACAGAAAAAAAGACAAGCAUGCUUGGAAUAGACAUCCAUUUUGA